ACAUUAAAUAAAAUUUAAUUCAAUAUAAAUAAUUAUAAACUUUUGUUUAAAACUAAAACCCCCGCCAACAUGACUGCAAUUUGGAUUCCCUCCACAUUCACAAAAUUUAAACUAAAACCUAAUUAAACAAAAUUAAAAACCAAAAUCCCUUUCAUAUUCUUAUUACCAUUUUCGUUGAUUCUGAAAAUUUCCAUGGCGGAAUGUGAACUUCCUUCGUUCUCUCUAGGGUUCGAUCUUGAUUCCGAAGACACAUCUCCCCAUUCCCCCAAACCCGACCCGACACUAAUAGUUCCGGACUCCGAAUCCGAUCCUGAAACCCGACCCGAUCCACCACGCCGCAUCUUCAAACGUCUCCGUCGUGGUCUCUCCUCCUCCGUUCGCCACCAAACCGAACCGCCUCCGUGCAUCGAUGUUGACGAUGAUGAUAUCGAGGAGUUCUCAGAUGAACCUGUUCAAGUAUCUGCAUGUUCUUCGGUUCGGAAUCAGAAUAGUUCUAUAAGUCGCAGCUCAAAAGUGUCAUUGAAAAGUAUUGGAGUUUUAACUCCUCAUUCAUGUACCAACUCUAGGGAUAAUAAAAGAAAGCUGGAUUUAGAAAUUCCUGAUUCUGUUGGGUUGGAGACUGGUCAGUGCGGGUCCAUGUUUCGCAAGUUAAUGGCUAGUCCUCUUCGUAGGUUUCAAUUGAUUGAAUCGGAUGAUGAUGAUGAUGUCAUGGUUGAUGAGGAUGUUGAUGGUGGAAGUAAAUUUGAACCCUCAUCGUCGACAGGGCCAAUGUGUAAUCGAAAUACACCUGUGGUUUCUUUGGAACGAGAUAGCAAGAAGCAAUUUGAUGAUGUUAAACAUAAUAAAAAGGAUUUACCGAUACAUCUUUCCCCCGUGAAGAAUUUCUCCAUUCCUAGGGAUAAACAAGCUUCUGCCGGAUUGGAAACGGGACAGAGUGGGUCGUUGUUUCCUAAUAAUGGCAAGUUAGAGGCUAGUCCUCUUCGUAGGUUUCAAUUGAUUGAAUCUGAUGAUGAUGAUGAUAUGGUUGGUGCGGAUGUUAAUGGUGGAAAUAAACUUGGUCCCUUCUCGUUGACGGGGCCAAUGUGUAAUGGAAACAAACCUGUGGUUUCUUUGAAACAAGAUAGCAAGAAGCAAUUUGAUAAUGUGAACCAAAAUAAGGAGGAUUUAUUGAAGAAUUUCCCCAUUCCUAGGGAUAAACAAGCUUCUGCUGGAUUGGAAACGGGCCAGAGUGGGUCGGUGUUUCCAAAUGGCAAGUUAGCAGCUAGUCCUCUUCGCAGGUUUCAGUUGGUUGAUUCUGAUGAUGAUGACGAUGUUAUGGUUUGUGAAGCUAAAGUUGGUCCCUCCUCGUCAACUGGUAAUCGAAACAGACAUCCUAGUUCUUUGAAGCAAGACAAAAAGGUGCGGUUUGUUGAAGCAAACCAAAAUCAGAAACAUCUUUCCCCGGUGAGGAAGAACUUUUCUAUUCCUACACCUGCUUUCAAUGAUGUGUGUGAAGAGUACUUCCAUUCCGCCAAGAACACACAGGUGCCGAAAUCUAACGAGACAUAUCGCGGGGCUAAUUCGGGAUGUCAAAAAGAUGAGCAAAUGUGGGAAGCGGCAGGUCCUCUUCCUCCUGCUCACCGUUAUUUUUUCCACGACAAUACAAGAAUUCAGCAGUUAGUUUGCAGUCGCCUGUGUAAUUUUUCUCCAUUAGGUGACAACACAGUGAAUCAGCAAGAAAAUAUCGAUUACAUGGGACAAUUUGACAAUGGAGGAUCAACAAGCAGAAGAAGCAAAUCAAAAAAUUUAAAUGAUUCUGAAGGUUGGGUAGAUCCCAAAAUCAUUCCUAUUAGUACUAGAAAGAAAGCAACAAAGAGAAACAACACUAAGAAAAAUAAUGAAACAAGCAAAUUAAACUCUUCAAAUGAUUCUGCGAAUUGGGUGGAACCGAAAGAUGCAGGUCAAAGGCGAGUACAAGCAAGCGGUGAACCGGCUGGUCAUUGGUAUACAGGAUCAGAUGGACGAAAGGUUUAUGUGAACAAAAGUGGGAAGGAGUCCACCGGCCGAAAUGCUUAUAGAAAUUAUCGAAAGGAGAGUGGAGAAGCAUCCAAAAUAUCCAAAAAGAAAACAACUGCCAAGAAGAGAAAGUAAACUUUGAUGCAAAUGCAAUACAUUAAAUUACCUGUAAAUUGCCUGUUGAUACACUUAUUUACAUCACUAACAUGUAUAAAUAGACAUCAGAGAAAACAUGUCUUGUAAAAAAGAAAGAGGAGGCUUUUUUGUUAUGCACUUUUUUAAAUGCCUAAAACAUGUUAUCAUCAUUGACCUACAAUGUUAUCUGGGGUUGGUACUCUGCAAAUCUUUGCAUUUCAUCUAUCAAUGAUUUCCU